AUGCUGAAGUGUUACAAAGUUGCGCCUAAAGAUACAAAAGCGGACUUGAAACGUUGUCUGAAAGAGAGAAGUAUUUUUAAAGUUGACUAUAAGGAUAAUGUAAGCUAUAGGAACGCUGCAAAGUGGCGAAAGAAAUCGACGCGUAACAAUACUAUUACAAUGACUUCUGCAAUUGCUACCAGUGAAAGAAGGAUCAUAACGUCUGCAAUAGCAACUUUAAUAUACCAAGACCAGAGCUAUUUAGAAAAUGGAAUUGCAUUUGAUGACCUUAUCCAUGCGGCAGCUUCUCAAGAGUCCCGGUAUACAAAAAAACAACUUGAAACUAUUGUAAACAAAGAGUUGUCCUCGGGCAGUCUUGUUAAGUUGCCAAAUGGUACCUUAGCUCUGGGCCCAGCUGAUCCAGAUGGUGACAGUUCUGAUAGUUUUAAAUUUGAGUAUAAUGACUCUAAUACAAAGAUGACAUCAUCAGCUAAUUCAUCAUGUAGGUCAUCUCCUCAACGAAUGAGAGGAAGGCCGAAAAAACGAGGAGGUGCGACAUCUAGCAAUAGCCAAAUUAUAAGCAGUCAAAAUGCUGGUGUUCGGGUUGGCGAAAGACGCAAAAUGGCAAAAAAAGUAUUUGAUCCAUCAGACAAUAAUGUACCAAGUAAACGUAAAAGAGGAAGACCAGUGGGGUCUCUUAAUAAAAGUACUAUAAAGAAACGGCUCAUGAUAGCCAGCCAUCAAAAAAAUGAUAAAGAAGGCACCCCAUUAUCGGAGUGUCAAGUGUCCCUAGAUGGAAGUGGAGAAGACAUAGAGUCAGAAGAGCCAGUGCCUCAUGAGACCUCUGGAGGUGUCUGUUCCGUGUGUCUUAUUCAGAAACCCAGAGGAUCAAAUGACAGACUAAUAGAAUGUCGUGACUGUAAUAAUAAAGCUCAUUUAAGUUGUCUGCAGUCAGGAUCUGGUAUUUUAAAACCGAGACCUGAUAAUACUUGGCAGUGUCCUCAUUGUAAAACAUGUGUUGUGUGCUAUGAAACUAAUGAUGCUGGCAUUUUAACAGUAUGUAAUAUUUGUUCAGAUGCUUACCACGCACUAUGUCAUACACCGCGCAUACCAGAACGGCUAAAGGCAUGGGAUCAGUGGGAGUGCAAUAAUUGCCUGGAAUCACGCCCAACAAUUGUUGGUUCCCCAGCAAUUGUUCCAUCUACAAUUGAUUACAAUUCAGAAUCAUCUACAGUGGAUCCAUUUUUAAAACCUCAUGAGUUGGAUAGAGCUCCAACAAAAUUAGUAGAUGUGCCAAUAGAUCCAAGUAUACCAGAUAUUACAAACUGGACAACUGAAGAUGUUCACAGUUAUUUCAUGGAACAUUAUCCUGAAGCUGCUCCAAUUUUAAAGGAACAGGAAUUCGAUGGACAAGCAAUAGCUAUGGCGAGGAGAGCAGAUAUAGUAAGGGGCUUAGGUUUACCACUAGGUCCUGCACUUGCAUUGUAUAGGAUAGUCGUUAAACUGCAAACAAGAAAAGAUGACUGGACAAUGUGCUGGGGU